AUGGUGGCAGCACGCUACGCAGGGCACGAUUCAGGAGCAACCAUCAAAGGGAAGGAGCCUGCCUUCUGGGAUAAUCUUUGGGCAAGCGAGUGGAUGCAGCAGAUAAAGGAAGAUGAUGCUUACCCGGAGAGGCCAAGCGGCAAAGAACAAAGAUUAGUGACUGGGGAUUGCUCUCACCCAUGGGGAAAAGGAUACGUCCUGUUCCGUGGUUUGUCAUCGCCCGAAGCUGAUCGCCUGUUCCUCUCUGGUCCCUCUCAGCUGGGCACAUUCAAAUCUGACGAUGGGGACUAUUUCGUAGAGCCGCUGCUAUCGCUCGAAGAACAGGAGUAUGAAGAAGAACACAAUAAACCACAUCUAGUCUACCGACACCGGAUACCUCCAACCAACUCUUCAGGGGACAGGCAGACUUGCGAUACUCCAGAUCAUGAACACAGUCACAAAAAGAACAAGCGGAAACACUGGAGAAGACAGUGGGCAGAAAGCAGCAUAUUGUCUGACAUGGAGAUGCUGAAGCACAGCCUGGAAGUGAAUUCGUUCUCUGCAGAUAGCAACAAGACUGGGAACGUCAGCGAAAAGAAGAGCCACAAACGAACAAAGCGGUUUCUCUCCUACCCUCGGUUUGUGGAAGUGAUGGUGGUGGCUGACAGCAGGAUGGUCGCCUACCAUGGAGCCAACCUACAGCACUAUGUCUUAACGUUGAUGUCAAUAGUGGCUUCUAUCUACAAAGACCCAAGUAUUGGAAAUUUAAUUAAUAUUGUUAUCGUGAAAUUGGUCGUGAUACAUAAUGAACAGGACGGUCCUGCAAUAUCUUACAAUGCCCAGACAACGUUAAAAAACUUUUGCCAAUGGCAGCAAUCCCAGAACCACCCUGAAGGAAGUCACCUUCAACACGAUACAGCCGUGCUUGUAACCAGACAGGAUAUUUGUAGAGCGCACGACAAAUGUGAUACUCUGGGUCUGGCAGAGCUGGGCACAGUCUGUGACCCAUACAGGAGCUGUUCCAUUAGUGAAGAUAACGGACUGAGCACUGCUUUCACAAUAGCACAUGAACUUGGCCAUGUAUUUAACAUGCCACACGACGACAAUCAUAAGUGCAAAGAAGAUGGAGGUAAAAAUCAACAGCAUGUCAUGGCACCGACGCUGAACUUCUACACCAAUCCCUGGAUGUGGUCAAAAUGCAGUAGGAAAUACAUCACUGAAUUUCUGGACACUGGUUAUGGGGAGUGUUUGCUUGAUGAACCUUCAUCAAGAACUUACGCCUUGCCUCAGCAGCUCCCGGGGCUGAUUUAUGAUGUCAACAAACAAUGUGAGUUAAUUUUUGGACCUGGAUCUCAAGUGUGCCCGUAUAUGCAGAUGCAGUGUCGGCGACUCUGGUGUAUUAACAUUGAUGGCGCGCACAAGGGAUGUCGUACCCAACACACACCUUGGGCUGAUGGGACAGAAUGUGAGCCUGGAAAGCACUGCCGGUUUGGGAUGUGCGUGCCCAAAGAGCGAGAGGCACCGGUGAUAGAUGGAGCAUGGGGGACGUGGAGCCCUUUCGGGACCUGCUCGAGAACCUGCGGCGGUGGCAUAAAGACGGCGAUACGAGAGUGCAACAGGCCCGAGCCUAAAAAUGGUGGGAAAUACUGCGUGGGUCGUCGCAUGAAGUUUAAAUCCUGCAACACUGAGCCAUGCUCGAAGCUGAAGAAGGAUUUCCGGGACGAGCAGUGUGCUGACUUUGAUGGGAAGCACUUUAACAUCAACGGGCUGCCCACGAACGUGCGCUGGGUUCCCAAAUACAGCGGCAUCCUGAUGAAGGAUCGGUGCAAGUUGUUCUGCCGAGUGGCGGGAAACACGGCGUAUUACCAGCUGCGGGACCGCGUCAUCGACGGGACGCCCUGCGGCCCUGACACCAACGACAUCUGCGUGCAGGGCCUCUGCCGGCAAGCUGGAUGCGAUCACGUGCUGAAUUCAAAAGCAAGAAGAGAUAAAUGUGGUGUUUGCGGUGGGGAUAAUUCUUCAUGCAAAACUGUUGCAGGCACAUUUAACACGGUGCAUUAUGGCUAUAACGUUGUGGUCCGCAUCCCAGCUGGUGCAACUAAUAUUGAUGUGCGUCAGCACAGUUACUCAGGGAAACCAGAGGAUGACAACUACCUGGCCUUAUCUAACAGUCAAGGAGACUUUAUAUUAAAUGGAGACUUUGUCGUCAGUAUGUUUAAAAGGGAAAUCAAAGUUGGGAAUGCUGUGAUCGAAUACAGCGGAUCGGAUAAUACUAUUGAAAGGAUUAAUUCUACAGAUCGGAUUGAGCAAGAAAUAACGCUUCAGGUUUUAUCAGUGGGCAAUUUGUACAAUCCCGACGUUCGUUACACAUUUAAUAUCCCCAUUGAGGACAAACCUCAGCAGUUUUACUGGAAUGCGUAUGGCCCGUGGCAGCCCUGCAGUAAGCUCUGCCAAGGAGAACGAAAAAGGAAACCCGUGUGUACGAGAGAGUCGGAUCAGCUCACGGUGUCGGACCAAAGAUGUGAUCGAAUUCCCCAGCCUGACCCCAUCACUGAGCCUUGCAGCACAGAAUGUGAAUUAAGGUGGCACAUCGCGAGGAAGAGCGAGUGCACGGCGCAGUGCGGGCUGGGGUACCGCACCCUGGAGAUCUACUGCUCCAAGUACAGCAGGCUGGAGGGGAAGACAGAGAAGGUCGACGACCGCUUCUGCAGCAGCCAGCCCAAGCCAAGCACGAGGGAGAAGUGCACUGGAGACUGUAACGUGGGAGGGUGGCGGUACUCGGCUUGGACCGAGUGCUCCAAGAGCUGCGGCGGGGGCACGCGGCGGCGGCGAGCCAUGUGCGUGAACACCUACAACGAUGUCCUGGACGACAGCAAGUGCAGUCAGCAGGAGAAGCUGACGGUGCAGCGAUGCAGCGACUUCUUGUGCCCCCAGUGGAAAACUGGCGACUGGUCCGAGUGCCUGGUCACCUGUGGAAAAGGGCAUAAACACCGCCAGACCUGGUGCCAGUUUGGAGAAGAUCGAUUAAACGACCGUUUUUGCGAUCCCGAAACGAAGCCAGAGUCUGUGCAGACGUGCCAGCAGCAAGAGUGUGCUUCGUGGCAAGUGGGACCGUGGGGCCAGUGCACCAUGACCUGUGGCCAAGGCUACCAGAUGAGAGCAGUGAAGUGCGUCGUGGGCACCUACGUGUCGGUGGUGGAUGAUAACGAGUGUAAUGCCGCAACCAGGCCAACAGAUACCCAGGACUGUGAAAUAGCAGCAUGUCCUCCCCAUCCAAAUAGUCCCGAAGCCAAGAGAUCCAUAUCAGGCAUUCACAGGACGCAGUGGAGAUUUGGAUCCUGGACACCAUGCUCCGCAACGUGCGGGAAGGGUACCCGGAUGAGAUACGUCAGCUGUCGAGAUGACCAGGGCUCAGUGGCCGACGAGUCAGCUUGUUUCCACCUCCCGAAGCCGUCAGCCACAGAAAUGUGCACCGUGACGCCAUGCGGGCAGUGGAAGGCCUUGGAGUGGAGCUCUUGCUCGGUGACUUGUGGUCAAGGUAAGGCAACGCGACAAGUGAUCUGCAUCAAUUACAGUGACCAGCUGGUGGAUAGGAGUGAGUGCGAUCCAGAUGACCUCCCUGCCACCGAGCAAGACUGCUCCAUGUCUCCUUGUCAUCCAAACAGCCAUGACUACGGCAGGCCCAUCCACCCUUUCCUCUAUCCGGACCAUCGCCUGAAACUGCACCCUGGAGGCAGCCCAAACCAAAACCGUGCACAUAUACCAGGAGGCAAUCAGUGGAGGAUUGGUCCUUGGGGUGCUUGCUCUAGCACGUGUGCGGGGGGGUUCCAGCGGCGGGUCGUGGUGUGCCAGGAUGAAAACGGAUACACCGCAAAUAACUGUGAUGAGAAAAGCAAACCCAUGGAGCAGAGAUCGUGCGAAUCUGGCCCCUGCCCUCAGUGGGCUUAUGGCAACUGGGGAGAGUGCACGAAGCCAUGCGGGGCAGGGACGAGAACACGGCUGGUGGUGUGCCAGCGCCCUAAUGGAGAAAGGUUUACGGAUCUGAGCUGCGAAAUCCUUGACAAGCCCCCGGACAGAGAGCAGUGCAAUGUGCAGGACUGUCCUAGAGAUGCUGCCUGGAGCGCUGGUCCUUGGAGCUCGUGUUCUGUCUCCUGUGGAAGGGGCCAAAAGCACCGCAAUGUGUACUGUUUGUCAAAGGAAGGGAGGCAUGUAGAAGAAGAUUAUUGCAAGCACCUUGCUAAACCCAAUGUGCAAAAGAAAUGCAGAGGGGGCAGAUGUCCGAAGUGGAAAGCAGGAGAUUGGGGACAGUGCUCGGUGUCCUGCGGCCGGGGCUGCAUGAAGACGUGCGGGGAGGCGUCCCGGUACCGCAAGGUGGUCUGCAUGGAUGAGAACAAGCGGGUGCAGAACAGUGGCUACUGCGACGCCAGCAAACGCCCCCCCGAAAUCGAGAGCUGCGGGCUGCCGCCCUGCGAGUACGUCUGGAUCACCGGGGAGUGGUCGGAGUGCUCCGUCACGUGUGGAAAGGGAUACAGGCAGCGCCUGGUGUCCUGCAGCGAGAUUUACACCGGGAAGGACCACUACGAGUAUGGGUACCAGAACACGGUCAACUGUCCUGGCACACAGCCGCCCAACAUCCAGCCCUGCUACCUUGGGGAGUGCCCCGUCUCUGCAUCCUGGCGCGUCGGCAACUGGGGCAGCUGCUCCGUCACCUGUGGAGUUGGAGUCAUGCACCGGUCGGUACAGUGUCUGACGAAUGACGACCAGGUCAGCAGCUUGUGCCAUGCAGAUCUGAAACCCGAAGAGAUGAGGACAUGCCACAACAUCCAUGAGUGUGAAUUACCAAGGAGUUGCAAAGAUGUUAAAAAUCUCAAAGGUGUCACUGAAGAUGGCGAAUAUUUUCUUCAAGUCAAAGGAAAGAUGCUAAAGGUGUAUUGCUCUGGGAUGCAGACCGACAGCCCAAAGGAGUAUGUGACCCUGGUAAAUGGGGAUGCAGAGAAUUUUUCAGAAGUGUAUGGAUACAGAUUGCAUAACCCGACUGAAUGUCCGUAUAACGGGAGCAGACGAGAAGACUGCCAGUGUAGAAAAGAUUACACAGCAGCUGGGUUUUCCACCUUCAGCAAAGUAAGGCUGGACCUGAACACUAUGCAAAUAAUAACGACUGAUUUACAGUUUGCACGGACACAUGAUGGACGACCCGUUCCUUAUGCCACUGCUGGGGACUGCUACAGCGCAGCCAAAUGCCCGCAGGGUCGCUUCAGCAUAGACCUGUACGGGACAGGCCUGUCCUUAACGGGAACUGCAAAGUGGCUCUCACAAGGGAAUUACGCCGUGUCGGAAAUUCAAAAAUCCCCAGAUGGUACCAAAGUAGUAGGAAAGUGUGGCGGUUACUGUGGGAAAUGUACUCCAUCAUCUGGAACAGGCCUCGACGUUCAGGUGUUAUAG